GCAUUCCAGGAAUUCAUACUGUGAUCUGCAGCUCCAGAGUCUCCAGAACUUUUCCAUUGUUUCUGUUGGAAGCAAAGCCUAGAGUCCUGUUUUAAUACCAUGACCAACUUAAAACCAAAGAGGUUUUAUUUUUAUAAUUUGCCUCCAGGUUACAGACAGCUCUUGGCGAGUUUACAAAGAAGAUUUGAAAUUAUGCCUAAGAAGCUUAACAGUAUUUUUUACCAUCAGGUACAUUCAGAGUCAUUUUAUGUGUAAAAGAAAUCUGUAGGAGACAUAUAGCGUAUUAUGUUCAUAAAAAUCAACUGUUAGAGCAUCUUACUGCUUCGGAUUUCUCCCUUUCAAACACUGUGGACCAAUGGGCUAAGACCCCAAGUAGCCUGUUCACCCACUGACACCUUGGCCAUUUGUAAGGCCACUUCUGAUCAUCUGAUAAACACAGCCCGGUGUGUAACCUUUGACCUUUGCGGAAGCCUUUCUGGUUGCAGUGUCUGACGCACUGGUCUUAUUGUUUCCCGGUUGUCCUGCCAUUGACUUUUGAUGACUUCCGGGAUUUUGAAAGCAUACGUUAAGGAUAUGGAAAUUACUGAAAUGAACCCUAAAUUCAUUGUGGAAAAUUUAGUUUUAUAUGUUUCCAGCUUCUCUGUACUCGUCACAUCAACUGCAGAAUGUCAAAACCACCACCAGUAGAAAACGCAGCUGAGGCCCAGCUCUGACCACAUGACAUCAUCCUGGCCGUUCUUGAAGCUCUCAGCUCUGAUUCCCUUUCCUUGAUCUGUUAGAGAGCUUGUUUUUUUCCCUUUUCUUUUUUUAAUCCUAUAAAAAUUCAUUAGCAUGAACUUCAUGCUUUUCCCCCAGUUGAGCUUUUCAUUUGCUUUCAGAACUCUGACUUCGCUCUCAAAACCAGACGCCUCUAGGGCUGAAAUCAGUGCCACGCUGGCCUACUUUCACGGAAAUCACCCUCACCUUGCACACAUUCAAAGAGGGAAGAAAAAACCCCAGGAAAAUAAAAACAAAGGAAACAAAACUGAAGACAUACAACUGAAGACAAGUGAACCAGAUUCCACCUCUGCAAACAUGAGAGAUUCCGCAGAAGGUGCCAGAGAGCAGAACGAGAAGCCCCCCGCAUCCCUCGAGCAGACGGCUGUUCCCCAGGAGGCGGCUGCUCAGGACGCACUUCCAGAACUAGCGACCCUGCCACCUGCCUGCGAGCCGCAGACGGGACCCGCUGAGAAGCUGGAGGCCACAAGCUGCGAGGGGAGCACCCUGGAAGAGGGGCCUGAAGAGGAGGAGGAGGAGGAGCUGGAAGACGAGGGGGAGGAGGAAGCCGACACACCCGACGGAAGCUCCGCGAAAGAGCCGGAAAUACGGUGCGAUGAGAAGCUAGAAGAUUUAUUAGAAGAACCAAAAGAUAUUUCAAAAGAAACUCUCGAGGACUCGCCAGUGGUAACACUUGUUACUGAAAUCCCCAAAACUAAGGAAGAGGCCAAUGGUGAUGUAUUUGAAACAUUGAUGUUUCCGUGUCAGCAUUGUGAAAGGAAGUUUACGACCAAACAGGGGCUGGAGCGUCACAUGCACAUCCACAUCUCGACAGUGAACCAUGCCUUCAAAUGCAAGUACUGUGGGAAAGCGUUCGGCACCCAGAUCAACAGGCGGAGGCAUGAGCGUCGCCAUGAGGCGGGCUUAAAGCGGAAGCCCAGCCUAACACUACAGCCGUCAGAAGGCCCAGCUGAUGGCAAAGCAUCUGGAGACAGUGUCUCUCCAAAAGACGACUCAAACUCUCCCAGUCUUGGGCAAGACUGUCUGUCCUUGAGUACGGAGAAAGCUUCCCAAGAAACAGUAAACUCUUCUGUUGUAGAAGAGAAUGGAGAGGUUAAAGAGCUUCAUCCAUGCAAAUACUGUAAGAAGGUGUUUGGAACUCAUACUAAUAUGAGACGGCAUCAGCGUCGAGUUCACGAACGCCAUCUGAUUCCCAAAGGUGUGCGGAGAAAAGGCGGCCUCCUGGGGGAGCCGCAGCCACCAGCCGAGCAGGCCCAGCCUGCCCAGAAUGUCUACGUGCCCAGCACAGAACCAGAGGAGGAGGGGGAGGCAGACGAUGUCUACAUCAUGGACAUUUCCAGCAAUAUCUCGGAGAACUUAAAUUACUACAUUGAUGGUAAAAUUCAGACCAGCAGCAGCACUAGUAACUGUGACGUGAUUGAGAUGGAGUCCAGUUCAGCGGACUUGUAUGGCAUAAACUGUCUGCUUACUCCAGUCACAGUGGAAAUUACUCAAAAUAUCAAGGCCACACAGGUCCCCAUAGCAGACGAUCUUCCUAAAGAGCCUUCCAGCAGCACAAACAGUGAGUCCAAGAAACGGAGAACUGCUAGUCCUCCUGUGUUCCCCAAGAUCAAAGCUGAAGCGGAGUCUGAGCCCAUAGCACCCUCGUGCUCCCUAAGCCUGCCUCUUAGCAUAUCCACCUCAGAGGCAGGGACUUUCCACAAAGAGAAGGGCGUGUACUUGUCAUCAAAACUCAAGCAGCUUCUUCAAACCCAGGACAAACUGACUCCUUCCGCCGGGAUUGCAGCAGCAGAGGUCCCUAAGUUAGGUCCUGUCUGUGUGUCUGCUCCUGCGUCCAUGCUGCCCGUGACCUCGAGUAGGUUUAAGCGACGGACCAGCUCCCCUCCCAGUUCUCCCCAGCACAGCCCUGCCCUUCGAGACUUCGGGAAGCAAAGCGAUGGUAAAGCAGUGUGGACUGAUACAGUUCUGAGCUCCAAAAAGCCCAAGUUAGAAAGUCAUAGCAACUCCCCGGCCUGGAGUUUGUCUGGGAGAGAUGAGAGGGAAGCCGUGAGCCCACCAUGCUUUGACGAAUUCAAGGCGUCCAAAGAGUGGGCCGCCACUCCCACUUUCAGCACUGUGUGCAACCAGCAGCCGCUGGAUUUGUCCAGCGGAGUCAAGCAGAAGGCUGAGGGUACCAGCAAGCCUCCUGUGCAGUGGGAGUCUGUGUUAGAUCUCAGUGUGCAUAAAAAGCCAGGCAGUGACGUGGAAGGCAAAGAAUCCAAAGACAGCCAUGUGGCGCAGCCAGCCGGCAAUGCUGUCAGGAAGAAGAAACCGACCACCUGCGUGCUGCAGAAGGUCCUCCUCAAUGAGUACAAUGGCGUUGGUGCACCCGUGGGGAACUCGGCCCAUGUGGCCAGGAGCCCGAGCCCUUGCAAACCCCUGGAUCCCCAGGCAGAGGCUGACUUGGGUCCUGAUGCGAGUUUAUCUGCCCCUGCUGCUGAGUCCCCACCAGAUGUUUCUCCUUCAUCUCCGGCCCUCCAGACACCCUCUCUUUCUUCUGGGCAGCUGCCUCCUCUCUUGAUGCCAACACACCCCUCGUCCCCUCCGCCCUGUCCUCCUGUGCUGACCGUGGCCACCCCUCCUCCUCCCCUCCUUCCUACUAUACCUCUCCCAGCCCCGUCUUCAGGGGCUUCCCCUCGUCCAUGCCCCUCCCCACUCUCGAAUGCUACCGCACAGUCCCCACUCCCCAUUCUUUCUCCCACAGUGUCUCCCCCGCCGUCCCCCAUUCCUUCCGAGGAGCCUCUUGUGUCUGCCGCCUCUCCUGGGCCUCCAACCCUCUCGUCUUCCUCUUCCUCUCCCUCCUCCUCCUUCUCCUCCUCCUCCUCCUCCUCCCCCUCCCCGCCACCCCUCUCCGCGGUGUCUUCCGUCGUCUCCUCCGGGGAUAAUCUGGAAACCUCUCUCCCCGGGAUAACCUUCAAGCAGGAGGAACUAGAGAAUGAAGAGCUGAAGCCCAGGGGAGAAGCCCAGCCUGCACUGGAGCAGGCUGUUGUUCAGGAAACAUUCAACAAGAACUUUGUCUGCAAUGUCUGUGAAUCACCCUUCCUUUCCAUUAAAGAUCUAACCAAACAUUUAUCAGUUCAUGCUGAAGAAUGGCCCUUCAAAUGUGAAUUCUGUGUGCAGCUUUUUAAAGCUAAAACUGAUUUGUCAGAUCAUCGCUUUUUGCUUCAUGGAGUUGGGAAUAUCUUUGUGUGUUCAGUUUGUAAAAAAGAAUUUGCUUUUUUGUGCAAUUUGCAGCAGCACCAGCGAGAUCUGCACCCGGAUAAGGUGUGCACACACCAUGAGUUUGAAAGUGGCACCCUGAGGCCGCAGAACUUCACAGAUCCCAGCAAGGCCCACGCAGAGCACAUGCACAGUUUGCCAGAAGAUCCUUUAGACACGGCGAAAGAGGAGGAGGAGCUAAACGAUUCCUCUGAAGAGCUUUACACAACCAUAAAAAUAAUGGCUUCUGGAAUAAAGACGAAAGAUCCAGAUGUUCGAUUGGGUCUCAAUCAGCAUUACCCAAGCUUUAAACCGCCCCCAUUUCAGUACCAUCACCGAAACCCCAUGGGCAUCGGGGUGACGGCCACCAGCUUCACCACACACAACAUUCCACAGACUUUUAGCACUGCCAUUCGCUGUACAAAGUGUGGCAAAGGUGUGGACAACAUGCCCGAGUUACACAAACAUAUCCUGGCGUGUGCUUCCGCCAGCGACAAGAAGAGGUACACCCCUAAAAAAAACCCAGUACCGUUGAAGCAAACUGUGCAACCCAAAAAUGGGGUGGUAGUUUUGGAGAACUCUGGGAAAAAUGCCUUCAGACGAAUGGGACAACCCAAAAGACUGAACUUUAGUGUCGAGCUCAGCAAAAUGUCCCCAAAUAAGCUCAAAUUAAAUGCAUUGAAGAAAAAAAAUCAGCUUGUCCAGAAAGCAAUCCUGCAAAAAAACAAAUCUGCCAAGCAGAAGGCUGACUUAAAAAGUGCUUCAGAGUCCUCCUCGCACAUCUGCCCAUACUGCCACAGGGAGUUCACGUACAUCGGAAGCCUGAACAAGCACGCUGCUUUCAGCUGCCCCAAAAAACCGCUUUCUCCUUCCAAAAGAAAAGUUUCCCACUCAUCCAAGAAAGGUGGGCACGCAUCACCUGCAAGUAGUGACAGACACAGCAGCAGCAGCCACCGCAGACGGACUGCGGAUGCGGAGAUUAAAAUGCAAAGCACACAGGCUCCUUUGGGCAAGACCAGAGCCCGCAGCUCAGGCCCCGCACAGGUCCCACUGCCCUCCCCGUCCUUCAGGUCCAAGCAGAAUGUCAAAUUCACAGCUUCGGGGAAGUCCAGAAAACCAAGCUCCUCUCUAAGGAACUCAAGCCCCAUAAGAAUGGCCAAAAUAACUCACGUUGAGGGGAAAAAACCCAAAGCUGUGGCCAAGAAUCAUUCUGCUCAGCUUUCGAGCAAGACGGCUCGCAGCCUGCACGUGAGGGUGCAGAAAAGCAAAGCUGUCCUACAAAGCAAAUCUGCUCUGGCUGGUAAGAAAAGAACAGACCGGUUCAGUGUAAAGUCUAGAGAACGGAGUGGAGGGCCCGUCACCCGAAGCCUCCAGCUGGCAGCUGCUGCCGACCUGGGCGAAGGCAGGAGAGAGGACAGCAGCGGCAAGCAGGAGCUGAAGGACUUCAGGAACUUCCUGUAGAAAAACCCCCACACAAAACAAACCUUAAUUGACUAAAUAAAGGUAAUGCAUGCUCAACUUAGGAUAAGCACUACGACAAAGGACACGAAGUCUGCCAAGCUUGCAAGACCAGCUGAAGCUCUCAAAAAUCCUAACACUCAGCUGAUUGCCGCAGGCUUCUUGUUGCCCGGGUUAGGCACCCGCCGCUUCGCUGGUGCCUGGCUCGUGCUGGGCCCCCAGUUAUUGAGAUGCAAGAGGGUGCUGUAAGACGGGCUGGACGGACUGGCUCGCCGUCGCCGUCGCGGGACUGGUAACUCAGAUGGGAGUGUGGCCCUGGUUCUUGGCACAUAGCAGAGGAAGGAGUGAUUUGAACUUAACCUUGCAAAGCAAGUUCUCUGUUUUAUCAGUAGGUUAUUAAUAGAUUUCAGGGAUGACAAAUUCUAAUGCACUCGUUUUAAGAUGUUUUGGUCACACCAGCUCUUGAUGCCUUUCUUUUAAGUUAAUUAUAGACCGAGAGGCGUUUAGCUUCUCUCUUAGCCUGUUUUUUUACCGCAAGCAGAUUGCCUGCGUAAUGGAGAGGAAACCAGAUUGGAUACGACUCCUUUUCUAUGCCUCUUCCAGUUCCAUGUGUGUCUGUCCAGAUGGGCAUCCUCUCAAAUAAUUCUGUGGCACUAAUUUAUAACUAUGUUACUGGAGACUGUGUAGCAAUAUCCCAAUGCCCAGGAUGCAUCACAGGCCUGUGAAGGUGUGUGUCCGCACGAGAGUAAGAAUGAAUCUACGUACCAGGUUUACACUUCAGUCUCUGAUGGAGAUUUUAAAACUUCCGAUGGCCUCUUCCUGAGUAUGUCGCUUCUCCGUGCAUUGUAUGUGCUUUCACCCUAUAAUUACUAGUCGGUGGGAAGUGGCUCGGGUAGUCACAGUUUUUGUUGUUGUUCUCAACUUUAAAAGUCAUCUACCUCUUGAAAUUUGUAGGCGAAGACUUGUUUGGUGAGUUUGUGCCACUUUAACCCUUUCACUGUCAUUCCCAUUUUGUUACAUUUCUUUUCUGGGGACUUUUUGUGUUGAAAUAUUGUAUAAAGCAUUUGUAGCAGUUUAAAAAUAAAAUAUUUAAAAUUAUUUAAAUUGUUUUGGACACUUCAAUUGUAUUACAUGUGAUCUGCAUUUUACAUUUGUUUGAGUUGUUAAUCUGGAGAGUUCUUGUACUGGAGCUUCUGUUAGCUAUUUUAUUGUUUCUUGUUGGAGAGUUAUGAUAUAAAAGACUAUUCUAAUGAAAACAUUAAAAUUUACAAUUUGACAUACAAAAGGGACUGUCUGUUGAUUUUAACCAAUGUAGCCUUUUAAGAGAGAAAGAGAUGGAUUGUAGAGAGUUACGAGUGCUGUUUACUAUCUGUCCCCUUCCAGCAUGAACCGAAUCACUUGAGCUUGUCAGAUGUACAAAAGUUUUCUAUGCUUUUGCUAGCAAGCACUUAAUAACUAGGGGAACUUUAAAUGAUACAUUUUAUAUAAUUGUAACCAAUAAAAACUUUCUAAAA